AUGAAGGUGUUGAACUUGAUCAAAGAAUUCAAGAGGCUACAAAUGAAGGAGUUUGAGUCAAUCAAAGAAUACUCAGACAAGCUGAUAGAAAUUGCCAACAAGGUAAGAGUUCUUGGGACUAAUCUCUCUGAUUCUAGACUGGUGCAGAAGAUACUUGUCUCUGUACUUGAGAAAUAUGAAGCAACUAUUACAUCUUUUGAGAAAACUAAGGACUUGACUCAAUUGAGAGUAGUGGAGUUGAUCAGUGCUUUACUCGCACAAGAGCAGAGGAGAUUAAUGAGGCAGGAAGGAAGCAUAGAAGGAGCUUUGAAGGCUAAGAUGCAGCAUAGUGAAAGAAAAAAAGGACCAAAAGUGGAAUCAGAAAAAGAGUGGUGGCAUAGUAGUUUAAAAACUGCUGCAAAAGGUAAUAGUACUAAAAAUUAUAAUAAGAAUUCUUCAUGUAAGUAUUGUGGCAAACAGAAUCAUCCCUAUUUCAGGUGUUGGAGAAGGCCAAAUGUGAAAUGCAGAAGGUGUAACUUGAUAGGGCACAUUGAGAGGUUCUGCAAGGAACUGAGAAAUCAGCAGCAAGGUGGAGCACAUGUUGUAGUUAAAGAAGAAGAAGACCAUUUGCUUGUCGGCUUUUGCUUCUCAUCAAGCAUUUUAUGUGAUAGUUGGUUAGUUGAUAGUGGUUGUACCAAUCACAUGACUUAUGAUGAGAAGCUGUUUAAAGACCUUGACAGGUCAUUAAAGUCGAAAGUAAGGAUAGGAAAUGGAGAAUAUCUAGAAGUGAAGGGAAGAGGCACAGUAGCAAUAGAGAGCUGUACUGGAACUAAGUUGAUUUCAGAUGUUCUGUUUGUACCUGAGAUUGAUCAAAACUUAUUGAGUGUGGGGCAAUUGGUAGAGAAGAGAUUUAAGGUGAUGUUCGAAGAGGGAAUGUGUCUAAUCCUUGACUCUAGUGGCAAUGAAUUGUUUUGGAUUAAGAUGCAAAAGAAGAGUUUCUCAUUGAAUCCAUUUGAGAAAGAGCAAGUGGCAUCCAAAUGUCAGGAAUGA